UUCAAAGAGACGUUUACAGUGAGGGGCAAACUUAAGAGAAACGGACUAUAGCUGCAUAGCUGCUGCAUACACUAUAGAGUUCAUCCAUUCAUGGCAAUACUGAGAACUGCCAACUAAUUGAAGAAGCUCUGCGGUGAUCCAUGGAGAGACCUUGGGGCAGAGGAGGCUGGAGGGGCCACGGAAAUGGCGGCGGCUGGCGAGGUGGCCCGCCUUUCGGUGGCGGACGAGGCGGUCCACCUUUCGGCGGCUGGCGAGGCGGCCCUCCGCGCGGCGGUCGGCCGUACCCCGGCCCUUCUGGUCCUCCGGAUGGUGCCGCCCACGAGGACAGUGACCGUCCUCCCCCCGGACUGCGGGGGCGGGCGCUGGGCCUCUGGUACCGGGACCGCUCCCUGAGGGCCGGCGGCGGCCGCGGCGGAGGGCGCAAAUACCGACAUUGCCAAACGCUUAGCUCGGACCCGGAGCGAGAGACGCGCAUUCGGUCCGUACUGGAGCGGUCCGGCCGACGGCCGCCGUCACCGCCCCCCGCGACCGCGCGCCCGGCCGAACCGGCCCCGUCGACCGCGACGGCGUCGACGCCAUCGUCAGCUCCAUCUGCAAAGGAGGAGGAUGCUGCUGGGGCACUGCCGACGUUUUUGGAUGUGUACGGGGAGGAUUACGAGGCGGACCCGCGGCUUACCGAGCUCCCAGAUGAUGAUGAUAAGACGGAGAGCGAGGCGAAGAUGGGUUCAAUGACUGAUCUGUCGUCGGCAGGCAAUACGUUGUCCGCCGACAAAGAAGCAGCUACGGCGGCCACGGUCAAACAAGAAGAGCAAAUGGAUAUGGAUGACGUAAAAAUAAAACAAGAAAUUGCAGAAGACGUCACAAAGAGUGAAGGGAUUGGAAACGGCUUGAAGAAGUCCGAAUCUUUCACUGGUUCUGUGAAGUGUGAAAGUUUGACGGCUGACGGUAGCCGAGAGAGGGAGACGACCGACGACUUACCGGCGCCCGAAGUCGAUGACGUAGUGAGCAAGUUGGACCCGUCGCUGGCGAACAAGUACCGCCAUCUGGCCGACUCCCGGUUCAAACAGGAGUUCCUGGCCAAUCUGAUCGGGAACCAGGACCGCGACUGGGACAACCUCAGCUACGACCCGCAGCGGGACGGGCUACAGCGGGUGGCAGCCAUUGACGCCGAGCUGCUGGAACAGAGCGGCCGGCCCGGGCCGCUGGACGAGUUCCGUCACAGUCUGCCGGCGCACCAGCAGCGCGCUCAUAUCCUGGAGCUGGUGCGCCACCAUCAGGUGGUGGUCAUCAGCGGCGAGACUGGCUGUGGUAAGACCACCCAGGUGGUCCAGUACCUGCUGGAGGAGGCGGCCGCCGCCGGACGUGGCUCGCUCUGCCACGUGGUCUGCACACAGCCCCGCCGGAUCUCCGCAGUCACAGUGGCUGAGCGGGUGGCCAGGGAGCGGGGCGCGACCGUCAGCUCCACAGGCGGCGGUCAGGUCGGAUACGCCAUCCGACUGGACCACCGCCAGCCGCGCCCGCAGGGCUCCAUCCUGUUCUGUACCACCGGCGUGCUGCUGCAGCGGAUGCAGACGGAGCCCACCCUGGCGCGCGUCUCCCACCUGGUUAUAGACGAGGUGCACGAGCGGGACACACUGAGCGACUUCCUGGUCACCAUCGUCAAAGGCAUCCUGCCGACGCGGCCGGACCUGAAGCUGAUCCUGAUGAGUGCCACCAUCAACUCAGCCGAGUUUUCCGCCUACUUCAACAACUGUCCGAUGGCGCACAUCCCCGGCAGGGCGUUCCCGGUGGAGGCCUUCUACCUGGAGGACGUGCUACAGAUGACCGGGUUCCAGUUUUUCCCGGGAGGUGGCUCUCAGGGCGGCGGCCGGCCACGGUGGAGUCAGCGCCAGGAGAACGCCGAGCGCACGGCAGAGUUCCGUCAGCUGAUUGAUCCCUACGUCAGUCAGCUGGCCAGCGCGCCGCCGGCGGUCCGGCCGUACUCUGAUCAGGUGCUUCGCUCACUGUCCGUACCCGAGUCGGAGCAGUUCGAUCCCGACCUGUUUGUCGCCACCGUGCGCCACGUCUGUCUCCGCGAACAGCCGCAGGAGGGCGCCGUGCUCGUCUUCCUCAGCGGCUGGGAUGAGAUCGGCAAGGUGCACAAGGCCAUCAAGGAGGAUCCCGUGCUUGGCGAUGGCAGCCGGUACCUGAUCCUGCCGCUGCACUCUAUGAUGCCGACCAUCGAGCAGCGCGAGGUGUUCGAGCGGCCGCCGCCCGGCCAGAGGAAGAUCAUCAUCGCCACCAACAUCGCCGAGACCUCCAUCACCAUCGACGACGUCGUCUUCGUCGUCGACGGCGGCAAGGUCAAGAUGAAGAACGUCGACAAAAAUCGCAACGUCGGAUGCAUGACUCUGAAGCCCGAAUGGGUGAGCAAGGCCAACUCGAGACAACGGCGUGGACGUGCAGGAAGGGUGCAGCCGGGCAAGUGUUACCACCUGUACAGUCGAGCCCGCGAGGCGGCGCUGGCCGACUACCCUGUACCGGAGAUCCUCCGCACUCGUCUGGAGGAGCUCUGUCUCCAGAUCAAGAUCCUGCGGCUGGGGGCGGUGGCGCCGUUCCUGCAGAGAGCCAUGGACCAGCCGACCGCUGUGGCCGUCAAACUGUCGCUCGAUAUGCUGCGUCAGUUGCGCGCGCUCGACUCGGACGAGCACCUCACACCCCUGGGCUUCCACCUGGCGCGCCUGCCGAUGGACCCGCAGACGGGCAAGAUGCUCAUCAUGGCGGCCCUCUUCUCGUGCGUGGACCCCGUGCUUACGGUGGCUUCGUGUCUCAGCUUCAAGGAGCCCUUCGUCAUCCCGCUG